AUGAUCAACCAGACUGGCAUGCUCGGUGAAGAUGGCAUCCACAUCGACAUGAACCACCUCAAGUCCGGCGAAGUCAACCUCGGAACGUCCAUCAUGGCCAUCAACUUCGCUGACGGUGUCAUCCUCGGCGCCGACUCGCGCACAACGACCGGAGCAUACAUUGCCAACCGUGUCACCGACAAGCUCACACAAGUCCACGACACCAUCUGGUGCUGUCGAUCAGGAUCAGCAGCAGACACACAGGCAGUCGCGGACAUCGUCCAAUACCACUUGGGCAUGUACGGCAUCACCAACGACGAGCACCCGACCACACAGACAGCUGCGGCGAUCUUUCAAGAGCUGUGCUACGACAACAAGGAUGCGUUAAGCGCAGGUAUCAUCAUCGCUGGAUGGGAUCAGAGGCACGGCGGACAGGUCUACAGCAUACCGCUUGGUGGCUCGCUACACAAGCAGGCAUACGCGAUUGGUGGUUCGGGUUCAACAUACAUCUACGGAUACUGUGAUGCGAACUGGAAGGAGGGCAUGAACGAGCAAGAGGGAAUCAGCUUCGUGAAAGGCGCGCUGCAAGAGGCGAUCAAGUGGGAUGGUAGCUCGGGUGGUGUUAUCAGAAUGGUCGUGCUCACGAAGGCUGGCGCGGUGCGGCAUCUGUAUCUGCCAGACCGAAACUACACGGGCCCUGGUACUGAGAAGCCAUAG